AUGACUUUCUUCGAUAACUCGAAUUGGAAACUAACUAAAUUUUUACUGUCAUGUUUUGGUGCAUGGCCUUUGCAAUCACCUAAAAUCCGGAAAAUAAUUAGGAUGGCCAUAUUUCUUUUAAUUACAAGUAUAUUUAUACCCGAGAUACCUAGGGGUCCUGUGGCUUUUCUUUUCAUCUCAACAUCUAAUAAUUAA